GUCGACACAAACGUUGCCCAAAGUUUAUGAAAGUUGCGCCGCAUCAGGUGACAUGAGACAUGUCGUUUCACCAUGGAAUACGAGGAAAGAGGCUGCUCGAAUGUAUCAAAUUAAAGGACGCGAUACGAUACGGUACUACGUCAAAAUAUGCAAAUGAAAGUGCAGAGCGCAGAAGCACGGUAGACCCUGAGGAUGUGUCGCAUCACAGUAAACUACACGAGGCCUGGUGGAAAGUCACGGACGAGAUGAUAGGUCUUCAUGCACUUAAUCGUUUAAGAGUGCCGUUUGUGAGAGAUGGCCUGACGAACUUAGGAUCUGGCGAUGCAAAUAAUGUUUUACCACUGAGAGGUGUAACAAUCGCGGAUAUUGGCUGCGGAGGCGGAAUAUUCACCGAAGCUCUUGCGAGAAUCGGAGCUACCGUUACAGGAGUCGAUGCAUCUCCACAACUCAUAGAGACUGCAAGGAAUCACGCCAAGUUGGACCGAGACAUUGCAGAUCGGAUCUCCUAUGAAUGCACCACUGUCGAAGACUUCUCACUCACUCGUCCACAACAAUUUGACGCUGUCGUUGCAUCUGAGAUUUUGGAGCACGUUAAGGAUAAAUCGUUAUUUCUUCAGAGUUGUGUCGCAGCUAUCAAACCAGGUGGCUCGUUGUUUAUAACAACUCCAGGUCGAACGAUUUUUUCAUGGGUAGCACUAAUUGUCGUUGGUGAGUAUAUCGCACAUGCGUUACCAGUUGGUACCCAUGAAUGGGAUAAAUUCAUUUCUCCAGAUGAAACGAGACGCAUAUUGAAAUCAUAUGGAUGCGAUACGGUACUGGUUCACGGAACGUUAUACAAUCUAUUAAAAAAUGAGUGGUAUUGGACAACUUCGACUGCAAUUCAUUAUGUAAUUCAUGCAGUUAAGAAAAAUCGGCAUGAAUAACUUAUUUCAUGUUCUCCAACUAAUUGUGACGAUCCAAUCGAUGAACUCGGUACGCCACCAACCUGGCGAUUUUUAUUAAUUAAGUAAACUUUAUAAGUGAAGAGUGAAAUAAAUAGUGCAGAAGUAACUAAGUAUUGCAUACAGUUAAAUUACUGUUCACAGUAAGGGCAUUUGUAUGAUUCUUAAGUAUAUUAGUAUAUUAGUUUGGAAUAAAAAUGGUAAAGUUU